GGGGUUGUGAUUGGACGACAGGUGUCACUUGAUGGAUGUGAUCUGUGCAUGAUGGGCUACUGUCCGUGUCAGAUCUGAUCUAGGAUCAGUGAAGUGUGGUCUGCUGGUCUCAGAGAGAGAACGUCCCGUUCAGGUCAAUCAAUCCAGUUUGAAACACGGGAUAUCCCGGCUGACGAGGGACGGCUGGUGACCCUGAAGGGGGCGCACACUGCUCAGGCAGACAUCAGAUUCACAGCUGGACUGAAGAAAACAAGAGCAGAAAUAAAUCUACAGACUCUCUGAACUGAAACCCAGAACCCGGAGGAGGGAGGAUGGAGAACGUCUCCUCUUACAGACUCUUCAUCCUGGAUGGCUUCAGUGAGCUGGGAGCUCAGAGGCCCGUCCUCUUCCUCCCGUUCUUCAUCAUGUUCGUCCUGUCACUGUUGGCCAACUCUCUGCUGCUGUACGUCAUCAUAUCACAGAGGAGCCUCCACUCCCCCAUGUUCAUCCUCAUCGCUGGCAUGGCGUGCGUGGACCUGAGCCUCCCUCUGUUCUUCGUCCCCAACAUGCUGCUGAGCUUCCUGUUUGACUGGAAGGGGAUCUCUCUGAUUGGCUGCCUGGUUCAGAUGCAUUUCAUUCAUUUUGUCGGAGCCUUUCAGUCCACGCUGCUGGUCUGGAUGGCUGUGGACAGAUACUUUGCCAUCUGCAUGCCCCUCUUCUACCAUGAGCGCAUGGCUUUACCAGGAUUCCUGAAGUUUGUGAUCCCCGUGGUGUUCAGAAACUUCUUCCUGAACACGCUGAUGGUCGGUCUGGCAGGAAGGUUGUCGUUCUGUGUUGGGGAAGUGAUGAACCACUGUUUCUGUGAGCACAUGGCGUUGGUGCAGCUGGCCUGUGGGAGCACCUCCAUCAACAACCUGGUGGGGUUACUGACUGCGUUUCUAAUCCCUGUAGCCGACUUCGUCUUCAUCGCCGCCUCGUACGUGGUCAUAUUCAGCUCGGUGCUGGGUUCAGGAAAGUCCGGGGUCAAAGCCCUUCACACCUGUGUGACACACAUCGUGGUCAUCACCGUCAGUCUGACCAUCGCACUUGUAGCUUUCCUGUCGUACCGGAUCAGAAACGGUCUCCCUGCAGGCGUCCGGGUCUUCUUCAGCACCAUGUACCUGCUGUUCCCGAGCUGUUUCAACCCCAUCAUAUACGGCGUCAGGACCACUGAGAUCAGACAGCAGAUCCUGAGGACACUGAUGUGGACUCACUUUUUCCAAACUGCCCCCCGUUCCUAAAUCAGAUCCUUCAUUCAUGAGAACAACAGAGCAAAGACGAGAAGUUGGAUCAAACGUACGUUCACAGCUGAAAAUGACUCCACGAGUUAAAGUCAGAAGACAUCGGGACGCUGCUUCAGCUUACCAGAUCAAUGAUGGACGACUACAGUCCUUGAAGCAGGCGGCCUACCUGUGGCCUGUUGCCCCUUGCCGUUCCAACAGUUCUGAUUGAUCCUAUGAAAUAUUCUCAUAUUUUGAGAUAUGUAGUUUUACAGUUUUCAAGCUGCAGGCCAUUAUGAUCUAAACUAGAAUACAAAAACACUUGAAUACAUCACAUUUACACUGUCUGAGAGAACUGAUGGAAAACAUAGAACUUUAACGAUGUGCUGAUUUACAGAUAUGUACCUGUACACUGAUGAGUCAUCCCACACCAUGAAGCUCAGAGUCUGAACAUAAACCCCAGUUUAUUAUUCCUCCCCUGCAUCCAUUAGACCGGUCACUCUUUAGGGACACACAGCUGGGUCCAGGAGAGUCUGGUCUCUGCUUCGUCAUCCUGAUACAAACAAACAGCAUCAUUAGAGACUGUAAGCGUUAGUUCAGCAGCAGGUCUGAGAGAGGGAUAGAGGGAGGUGAAGAGAGAGAGAGAGAUGAUAGUGGGGAGACGGAUAGUAGUAGUUGUAGCAGCUGGAGUCUGGCACGUCCAC